GGCGCUGGCGACACGCACUCUUGUUCCCGGGAAAAGAAGGAAACAAAACAAAACUUUUCUCUGAGAUCUCUUAUUUCUCGCCAAAAUGAAGGAGGAAGUGCCCGUUUUGGAGUAUGGAGACGUCGCUAUUGAAUCCAGGGGGAUGAUGGUUCCUGUGCGCUUAAAGCUCAGUGACCAGGGAAUCACAUACAGAAACGUUAAGACAGGAAAAGUGGAAACACUAAAUGCAUCAGAUAUUGAAGUUGUGAACUGGCAGAGACUGGCAGGUAGCUAUGGGGUCCGUAUCUUCACAGAGAAUGGCAGUCUGUAUCGGUUUGGAGGCUUCAAGGAGUCGGAGCAAUCCAAACUGGAGAAGUUCUUCAAGAACACCUACAACAAAUCCAUGUCUGAAAAGGAGUUUUCAGUCAAGGGCUGGAACUAUGGCACAGCUAAGUUUGAAGGAGCUUGCCUCGCCUUUGAGGUGGGCAGCAUGCCUGCUUUUGAAGUGCCAAUUGUUAAUGCCUCGGGUUGUACCACAGGAAAGAAUGAAGUUACUUUAGAGUUCCACCAGCACGAUGAUGCAGCCAUCAACUUAAUGGAGAUGCGCUUCCACAUCCCAUCCUCCGAGUUAGCCGGUGAUGACCCUGUAGAGAACUUCCAGCAACGAGUCAUGGCCAAAGCCUCAGUCAUCACAGCCACAGGAGACGCUCUGGCCAUCUUCAGGGAGGUCCAGUGUCUCACUCCUCGAGGUCGAUAUGACAUCAAAGUUUAUCCUUCCUUCAUCCAACUCCACGGUAAGACGUUUGACUUCAAGAUUCCAGUCCAGACUGUCUUGCGUCUGUUUCUUCUACCUCACAUGGAUCAGCGACAGCAUUUCUUUGUGGUGUCCCUGGAUCCUCCCAUUAAGCAGGGUCAGACACGCUACCCGUACCUGAUUCUGUUGUUCUCCGGCGAUGAUAGUGACACAAUUGAGCUGCCCUUGACAGAGGAGGAGUUGCAGGAGAAGUAUGAGGGUCGCAUGGAGAAAGAGAUGACAGGGCCACAGUUUGAACUUAUCAGCAAGAUCUUCAAGGGUCUCUGCAACCGCAAGAUCGUCACACCUGGCAAUUUCGUUGGUCACUCGGGAACGCCUGCCAUUGGUUGUUCCUACAAGGCUGCUGCUGGCUACCUAUACCCACUGGAGCGUGGCCUCAUCUAUGUACACAAACCACCUGUUCACAUCAGAUUUGACGAAAUUAUCUCGGUUAACUUUGCCAGAUCUGGGUCCACUACAAGGUCUUUUGAUUUUGAGGUUGAGGUUAAAAACGGAGUGAUUAACACCUUCAGCAGUAUUGAAAAGGGAGAAUAUAACCGCCUCUUUGACUAUGUGAACCAAAAGAAACUGCGAAUCAAGAACAGAGGAAAGAUGGAAAUGGGUGGGAGGAAAGAUGACUUCGAUGACAGCGAUGCAGACGAGAACGAUCCUUACAUGCGACGUGUCCGUGAAGAGGCCAAGGAACGUGAUGACGACGACGAUGAAGGAUCCAGCGAGGAUGAGGACUUUGCACCAGGAGAGGAAGGAAGUGAUGUGGCAGAGGAGUAUGACAGCUAUGCUGGAGACAGCAGUGAUGACUCAGAUGCUGGAGAUUCUGAUGAUAGUGGAAAGAAGAAAAAGAAGGAGAAGAAGGAGCCAAAGAAACCUAAAGCAAAAACAGUGUCGGAGAAACCACGCAAGAAGCGACAGAAGAAGGAGAAGGAUGAAAACAAACCUAAACGAGCCCAGUCUGCGUACUUCAUCUGGUUGAAUGAACACCGAGAGCAGAUCAAGAAGGAGAACCCGGGCAUCUCGAUCACCGAACUUUCUAAACUAGCAGGGCAGAAGUGGAGGGAGCUCAAGGACAGGAAGGAAUGGGAGGAGAAAGCAGCAGAGGCCAAGAAGGAAUACGAGGCGGCCAUGAAGGAGUACAAGGCGUCUGGUGGAGGAGCGGCUUCAACCAAGUCCAAGAAGGCUGCCAGCUCACCCAAGAAAGCAGUGUCAGUCUCACCUACCAAGGCUGGCUCUGGCGGUGGAUUCAAGUCCAAGGAGUAUAUUGACGAUGAGUCCAGUGAGGAGGAGAGUGGUAGCGAUAAACCGCCCAAAAAGAAGUCCAAGAAGGAAGCGAAGUCCAAGAAGAAGGAAUCAGAGGACGAAGAGGAAGAAGAAGAGGAAGAGGAGGAGGAGGAAGAGGAGAGUUCAGAAGAUGAAUCUGGGUCUGAUUAGGUUACGUUAACCUGAAUGUGAUUUUAAUUUAAAGGACAUUUUAUUCAUAGGCGGCAAUUAUUUAUGUAGAAAUCUCAAGAAUUUGUAAAGGACAGAUCAAUAAUUUCCUGAGUACAGGACAUCAAGAUUAUAGGUAUUUUAACCACUUUGAAGGUAUCUUUGAAGUUCUGUCAACAUUCCUCAUUCUGUAUAUGACUGUCAUACUGUGAAUUUUACAAUGGUAUAACCGCACUUAGUUAUUUUAUUUUUAUCCAAAGUGAAUAAUCUUUUGCAACAUGCAGAAGUUUCAAUCCAUGUACAACAAUUAUAUAGUUUCAUAAAUUAA